UGAUUCAUAAGGCUUCUAUGUAAGCCAUAGUCAUUCGAAUAAAUUACAUAAUUAUGCCUUAUGAAAUUCAAUAUGUUGCCUCAUGAAUAAAAAUCAUAAGGUAAGCUUAUGGACCAACAUGUCAUUGAUGGUGUUCAUUCAAAGAAAACAAUCAACGUCAUUACUUUUUUCUGCAACCCGAUUGACCACGAUUUUUCUUCAACAUUCAGUUAAUUUGCAGAUAAUUAACACGAUAUUACCAGUAGCGCGAUUUGGACAAACUUUUGGCAGCGGAUGCAGAUUUGACGGGUGCGACAACGGCACGUGGAUGGAGGCCUCAAAUAAGAAGCUGUUGGCCCGUUGCUUCCUGUCCAAUGAAGCAGAACGUCAGCUUACCUGGUUUGUCCAACACCAGCAUACCUUGUGCCCUGUUAAUACUGCUCCACAUGCGUCUCGGUAUCAUCGGCAAGGCUUGAAUUUCUCGACACGGACGUGCAUCCCCAGAACUAUAGUAGAGCUGCCCAUCCAGAGUGACUGGGCAAUAGGGCACUUUGGAUUUUCAGCACAUUCUGGUGGUAAAUACCUCGUAGUGGUCCGGCUGCAGCUCCCGUUAAGGAAACGAAAUGAGUUUUUCGUAAAGCUAAAACUGGACAUGGGCCGCUCGAUUGAUAUCUUUCAGGAGGAGAAGUGGGUGAUCACGGACAGCAAUGGAGAAGACUGUUCCAGAUAUGACUGCAUAUCCAAGUCCAUAUCCGACUUGAAGGCUGGUUUACAGUUCUGAAAACUUGUCACGAGAUUUGAUUCCCCAAUGCAUUUUUAGAGGGGCGGGAUUUAUGGGAAUUGGGCACGGAAAAAUCGAAAUUUCCGCCCUUUUGAAAAUACAUGGGGAUCAAAUCCCGUGACACGUUUUCCGAACUGUAAACCAUCUAUUAAGGAGGCGUACUAUUUAGCGAAGUUUUUCGCGCCUGGAAGAUGGUUGAUUGGAAGUCUACGAUUUGAUGAAGUAUCUCAUCUUAGAGGAACGCAUCUAUUGUGGUCGAUCGCGUUCGGAAAUGUAUUCGUGCAGUUGUUGCAUGGAGACUGGGUUAAUAACACGAUGCAGAUCGAGAUCCAAAGUUCCCCGAAAGAUUGGCAUGACUA